AUGGAACACGGUUUAGUACUUACUGAAAAUGUCAGUGUCUUCAGUUCUAAUAAAGUAGUUGUACGUAAUUGUUGGGUUCAAGAUUUAUUUUUGGAUUUACGUAAUGGUUACUUACUAGUACGUUUAUUGGAGUGUUUAACGAAUGAAGUAUUGGGGCUUGAAUACAUUGAAAGUCGUGUCCAUUGGAUACAAAAUAUUCAACGUGUAUUAGAUUUUCUUCGAUAUCGUGGGAUUCGCAUAGUGAAUAUUCGUGCAGAUGAAAUCGUCGAUGGUAAUCCCAAGUUAACAUUAGGCCUUAUUUGGAUUAUAAUUUUACAUUUUCAAAUUGAUGUAUAUGAGUGUGUUGACUCUGAACUGGUACAAAUACACUUGAUACUAAGUUUUAAUGUAAAUUUAAAUUUGGCGGAAUUGAUUGAAAAUCAGACAAAAUUACAAUCGGAUCUUCGUGUUAAUUUAUCCAUGGAUAAUGCGGCUAAACAAACAUUACUUAGUUGGUGUCGAGCAGUCACAGCAAAUUAUCCAGGUGUAUAUAUAAAAGACUUUACUGAAUCGUGGAAAGAUGGUCGCGCAUUCCUUGCCUUGAUUCAUCGUUAUAGACCGGAUCUAAUUGAUUUUCGUCAAAUUGAUCGUCAAUCUACCCGUGAAAAUCUUGAUUUAACAUUUGACUUAGCUGAACGUGAACUUGAAGUUACUCGUUUAUUUGAUUCAGAUGAUAUUGCAAAAACAACUGAUGAACGAUCGAUUAUAACUUAUGUAGCCUCAAUUUAUGAUAAACUAGUAUGUAAUUCAUCAAAACAUUCAUUAUAUCCAGUACCAAUUGUACCACCUAUGCCUUCUUUAUAUCAUCAUGAUCAAAAUUCUACUAGUAGACUAAUUGAUUCAACUUUUCAACUUCUUAGUGCUUCUAAUCAACUUUCAGAUGAAUUAAAAUCACUUUGGUCAGAUUAUCGUAUUUUAGGUAGUGAUCUAAUACAAUGGUUACGAUCAACUACUGAUCGUAUGGCUAAUCGUCAUUUUCCAUCAGAUUUAAAAUCAAUGCAAGAACGUGUUAUGGAUGAAAUACGACGGCAUAGACGUGAUGAACGACCAAGAAGAGAAAGAGAACGUCAACAAUUAGUUCGUAUGUAUGAAGAAUUAAAGCCAUCUUUUGAACGUGGUUUACUACCAAUUGAUUUAUUCCUUCGAAUUGAACAAAUUCACCGAUUAUGGGAUGAAUAUGAUAUUGCUUUACAAGAACGUGAAUUGGCUGCAAGAAAUGAAACUCAUCGUUUAGAUCGUUUACAAUGGGCUGGUAAUCGAGCUCUACGUGAUUGCAUUCAAGUCCAAGCACAGUUGACUGCCUUAGAACGGCGAGUUGUUGAGUUCCAUUUCACUAUGGCUUUAAAAAAAUUCCUUUUAUUUGGGAAUGUUAGUACUUAUGAGUUGAAAUCUGAACUACCUGGUCAGCAUAUAUUCGAUACUAAUAAUGAAAUAAGACGUUGGUGUGAUCAACUAACUCAAAUUGAAGCUAAAAUCAAUGGAUUAUUCAAUCAAGUACAACAUUUACGCACUGGACGAUAUAUGCAAACAGAACAAAUUUAUAGAAAUGUCUGUACAUUACACCAGAAAUUCUUAGAUCUUCAACGUUUAUAUCGAGAAUUUACAUCUUCUUCAACGGUAUUAUCACCACCCAGUGUCGUCUCUAGUUCUGUUUGUUCAACAUCUAUGACCAUGUCGAGUCACUCUACAUUCACAUCUCUUAAAAAUGGUACCAUUUUGGAAAACACUCACCUUAUUCAAGCCGUAGAAGAAGCUACUAGGCGUCAUGAACAAUUUCAUCGAGAAGUGUUGAACUUUAAGAACGAAAUCGAUCGAUGCAAAGCUAAUCAACAAAAGCUUCCGACACGAUCAAAAGAAGAGAAACAAGUUCUUAAUGAAUCACUUCAAAUACUUGAACAAAAUUAUCAACAAUUAAUGGAAGCUUCAUUAAAACGUCGAAAUAUGUCGAAGUCAUUAUUGGAAUUUGUAGAACGUGCCUAUAAUGAAUUAAUUUGGCUAAGGGAACAUGAAUCAUUCGAGGUGACUCGAGAUUGGACUGAAAUUUAUCAUAAUGAACUAGAUCGUAUUCGAAUUGAUUUUCAAAAACUUAUGCAUGAGAUACAUGAAAAAGAAAUUGUCUACAGUGAACUCAGUGUAUUAGGCUCAUCUAUCCAAUUGGAAAAUUAUGAUGUAACUGAUCUUGUACAGACUUAUCUAAAUGCUUUGGAACGUCAUUGGGCUUGGUUAUUACAAUUAACCUAUUGUUUUGAAGCACAUAUUGAACAGAGUGCACGAUUUCAAAGUUUUUUCAAUGAUGUUGAACAAUGUGAAUUAUUACUAACUACAUCAUUAGAAGAAUUACGUUCUCUUUAUGAAUCAACGUUAAAUGCAACAACAACUGAACAAGGUGAAACUCUUCUCAAACAAUUACAAGAACUUCAUACUCGUGUAAUUGGUCAAGAGUCAUUUAUAUUUCAAUUAGUAGACAUAAGUCAAGAAAUUAUCCCACCAAUACCAAGUCACGUGGAUGCACGAGACAGUUCAACAACUUUGAUUGGUCGACGUAUACGUGUUCUAUGCUCAUUCCAACCGAAAGAUUAUUUCUCCGAUAAUCAAUCCUAUUCCGGUGAUGUAUCAAUCGUUAAUUCCGCCAAUACAAGUCAUUUAUCAAUUGCAAACGCAAGUAUUAGUAGUAUUAUAGAGCCAAUAUUUUGGCCAGUCGGCAACAAUACAGGUUAUUUUGAUAAAGGUGAUUUUUUCAUAAUAUUGGAAAAUCCAGAAAAUCAUAAGCUUCAGGUUCGUACAGCUAAUGGAUCUACAUUAACUGUUCCUUUGACAUGUUUUCUGCCUUGUUGGCCUAGUAGCGAAGCAAUGGAUCGAGCUAAACGUAUUAUUACAACUUUACAACAUUUUAAAACAUGUUGGUCUGAAUUGAAUUUACGAAUACAUGGACAUUUAUUAACUGUAACAAUGUCUAAAUUUAUUGAUGGUGCACCUCUUCAGUAUAAUAUUCCACAACAAAUGGAUAUACGAAAAUUAUCAUCUUUGAAUUGUCAUUUUGUUUCCCCUGUUUCCUAUAUCUCACAUUCUGUAAUUUAUCGUGAUGCUGAACGUUAUUGUUUAGAAUUGCAACUAGCUAAUGUACCAGCGACAGAAGUGGAGAAAUUUAAGCAACGUUUUCUAGAUUUUCAAAAUAGUUGCAUUAAACAGGUGAAUGGUGUUCAAACUACUGAUGACAAGACUGGUAAUGAAGGUUUAUUGACCAAAUCAUCAGAAAUUUAUUCAAUUAUCGAUGAACUGAGAACAGUGUUGAGUACGUUGACAGUACGUCUUAGGGAGUCGAAUUCAAUACCCUUACCAGGUAGAUCAAUAGAUAUGGAAGUUCGUAUUAAAGAUCACAAGGAAUGGUCUCAUGCUUUAGCUCGUGUUCGUGCUCAAUGUACAGGAUUAGAAGAACAUAUCAAUAGUCAGUUACAAUCACGAUCAUUGAAUGAACAAGAUACAUUGUUGAGUACAAGUCUUUAUGCUCUACAUAGAGCAGCUAGUGAACUAGCACUAACUGGUCAUGAAUUUUCUUGUCGAUUAGCUGAUGCUGACGCAUGGAUCGCCCGUUUAGAACAAACUGAUCAAAUAUUAACGGAUUGUGAAUUAUGUCUACUAGGUUGUGCAGUACGUGUACAUGGUCUAUUACAACUUGAUGAUUUGAAUAGUUCAACUGAUCCAGAUGGUCUUCGUGUUACAGUGGUGGAAAGAGCUCAUCGAGAUUUAAAGUCGGUAGCUGAGCGUCUUCCUCAAAUUCGAACUGAUCUAGAUUUACUUAGUCAACAAUUAACUAGAUUUAUGGUUUCCAAUGAGGCAUUUAAUGAAACACUCCAGUAUGAUACUGCUAACCUAUGUGAAAAUUCAAACCUGUUAAAGAUGCAUUUAUCACCUUGUACUGAUAAUCAUUAUUUAGAAUCAAAUCUUGCUUGUUCUGAACAUCGUCUAGCUGAAGCAACUAAAGAAGUUGAACAAGAGUUCAGUAUGUUCUUCGGCCUUCCUCUUUUCCGUUUCCCUUCAGGAUUCCAAGUUAGCGCUUGCCUCGUGAUGCAGUUUGGUGAUUCCUGUAAUGCAUUCGUAAUCACUGGAAUGAGUGUCCAAAUUGUAGUUAAAAAAAUUCUAAGACUCAAAUCAUUUGGUGAAUCACUGGUCUGUUUCUCAAACUAUCAAAAAUUAUCCAGUCAACUUAUUGUGUGGUCAAGUGAAUUCUCUUCUCGUAUGCGAUCAUUUGGUGAAAUGGCUCAGUCUUUAGGAUUAAAAUCAUCCGAUACAAAUAUGAUUACUGUACAAAACCCUAGUUUAUUAAAAGAAAUUCUUAAACAGUCUGAUGAUUUACUAACAGAUUUGCAAGUUAAUUCAGAUGUUAUGGAACAAUUGAAUAAAGAAGUAGCUCAUUUAAUAUCUUCAUUAACUAAUUAUGCGCAACAUACUCAAAAUUAUCGUGAAUUAGUUGAGAGUGUGUUUCAGAAAGCUGGUGGUUCACGAGAUUAUCAAUGGUCACCAGGAUAUGGUUUAUUCGAUAUGGGUAGAGUAUUACAAACAACUGAUCAGCUGAAUGAGCAAUUUAAUACACAUUCUCGUCGUAUAUAUGAUAUAGUGAAUUGUUUAAAUCGGCUUCUGCGAUCCGAAGAACCUAUCUCUAUGAAUUUAUCUGGUCCAAUUUUUGUAAAGCCUUAUCGUGAACUCUACGUAGGCAAAUGGCCAAAUGAAUUAAACAAUUGUUUAAAGGAAACUCAAUCGUCUUUUUCUCCCUUGGUAUCACGAUCAAAGUAUCAAGAAAAUGGAAAAGACCACACAUUACCAUUAAAAGUUGCAAAUAAUUCAAAAGAUAAAAACCAUUCAGAUUUAUCGUAUUUUAAUCAACUAGUCGGGGAAAAGGGACUCAAAUAUAGUGUAUAUCUUAAUGAUGUGCGAAGUCAACCGGUGUGUUUACUCCCAACUGGUUGGGAAGCAGCUACAUUGACUACAAUAUCCAAAGCACGUGAAUUAUAUGGACCAAAAAUUUUUCCAACUACUGGUGCAUGGUUUGUGACUAAUUUAGCUGGUGAGAAUGAAACAUAUGGACUCGGUGAAACUAUUUGCUUAGGAGAUGCACUACGAUGUGGAUUAAUUGAUUUAGUUGGGCAUAACUGUCAUCAAAAUCGAAGUUCACUUGCCAUUUCCUGGUCUGAAGCUAUUGAUCGUGGUUGGUUAACUGCCUAUACUAUUCAGGCUUUAAAUAGAAAUAUAAAAAUUGGUGAUUAUAGUGCAUCUGUAACAGAUUUUCUGACUAGUCCUUCGCGUAACCCUAUCGAUCGUCAUAUCGACCCAAAGACUGGUGUAGUCAUGCCAUAUGGCAAAAAAGUUAUUGAUUUAUACUCAGAUGGAUUCAUAAAUGAGGCAGAUUUUCAUCAUUUAGCUUCUAUUCUAUCUAGUGGCAUGUGUGUAGAAUUUCGAGAUUGUCACUUGACAUGGUAUGAAGCUUUAAGCAUUGGUCAAGCAGAUAUAUCUUGGAAACCUUGUCUAUCUGAUUGGUUAGCUGCUGGUGCGUACAAUCCAAAUACACGACGUUUACGUGUCAGUUUACUAAAGUCUGGAAAAGUUAAUAGCAAAAGUAAAACAUCGAAUAAUUCAUUAGUGUUUACUGAAAAUGAGUUAACAAUCAGAGAUGCAAUUAAAAAUGGACUUUUAGACAAUACUGUCCCAGAAGUCAUUCUACCUGUUGAAAACCAGGUGGGUGACUACCAUGCUACCUCUUAUCGACGUGUCAGUCUGUCUGAAGCUGUUCAAAUAGGUCUUGUUGAUGAUGUAUCUGGUUAUUGGCUCGGAUCAAGUUCAUCUUCUAGUCGAACGAAGGUUGGUGUGGAAGUGGCUCAAGCUGCUGGCUUAUUAACUAAAGCUCCUUGUCUAGCUGAAAUUGUUUUAUCUGGUCUAAUAUCGUUUACUGCUCCGAACAUGAGUGAAAAACAUCCUAGAAACAAUGUGGGUAUUCUUGAUGCCCACACUGGUCAAUACGUAUUGUUUCCAGAAGCAAUUAAACGUGGAAUGAUAGUUGGAAAUCAACCAGCCAUAAUUCUUAUGCAAUCCCAUCCCAAUCAAGUAUUGACUUUAGUCGAAGCUCUGAAUACAAACUUAAUCACGCCGUCCGGAUUUAUAAUUUUGGAAAAUAAACCUAUGAAUUUGUGGGAUGCAGUUAACAAUAAUUAUAUUCGACUUAUAUAUACUAAAUCGUAUCCGCCGCCUGUAGGUUUAUUACUGGCUGCUAAGGAAUCAAAUCAGACGCAUCAUCAACAUCCUAUAUUACAAGCUAUUCUUACAGGACUAAUUGAUUCAUCGAAAGAGGAGAUUAUUCUUUCUAGCACAGACCCACGUCAACACGGUACAAGCUCUUCGCAACAACGUAUCUCUUUAAGAAAAUCAGCUAAGCAUUCAGGAUUGUGUGACUUACACUCUAUACAGUUAUUAACUCAUGGAUGUGGAUUAUUCAAUGAAGAUGGUCGUGAGCUAACUGGUUUGGAAGCACUUAACUCUGGUUGGUUAAAACCAUGUGAAGAUUUUCAAUUAGGUUCAACUAUAACAUAUGGACAAAUAACAGAUCCUGUUAGUGGGUCGUCUAUAAUAUUGUCGCCAAAUAUGAAAACAAUGAAAAAUAUUGAUAUAUCACCAGUUGGGGCUCAAUUACUGUUAGGCUUAUCUAUCAAUCGUCCUUCUUUGGCUUAUUUAAUUAAUCAACGUUUUAUAACACGUUUAGCAUGGCUUGGUCCAGGUUUACAUAAUGAUAAUUUAAUAAAUAAAACACUGAAUGAUUCAUGGUUCACACAUAGCUGUCGGUCUGAUGAUAUAUUAGCUGUUAUAGAUCCAAUUAGUAGACGUAAGAUCACACAAUCAGAAGCGAUUCGCCGUCAUCUACUGGACAUGGAGACUGGUACAUUUCGAGAUCCUGUUCAUAAUCAAAUCUAUCCAAUUAGUGAAGCAAUAGAAAAAGGACAUAUUUUAGUAAAAGAAAAAUCUCUUAUGUUUGACAAUAUUAUUGCUUUUGUUGACAUGAAUGAUCAUAGAAUACAUUCAUGGACACAGUGUUGUUCCGUAUUACAAGCUAUUGCAUCUGUUUGCAAUAUUCUGUCUAUUCAUCUGGGUAACACGUCAUCCGUACCCCACUCACUUCAUUCAGAAGUAAAUGAAUCAGUCGAAAUGGUUUCUGUCAAGGAGACUCGUCUAUAUAAGAUUUUAAAUGUUCUGGACCCUCGUACCGGCAUUCGGAUUGAUCCAAACGAAGCUGCUAAGAAAGGUCUUAUCAAUUUGGAAUCUUUCACAUACCAUGGUGUACAACCAAGUAUUCCAAUUGAAUCAGCACAACAAUUAGGUUAUAUAUCAAUUUACGGCAAUAAUUAUGAAGCCUCUCAUGAUAGUCUUAUGGUAGAUUCUACAGAUAAGUUAUCAUAUACUUUAGCUCAAUUAUUUAAUAGUGGUCAACUAGUUAAACAGUCCGGAUCGAAAUGUGUUAUCAAAGUCCCAGGAUACACAGAUCCAAUGUCUUUAAAUGCAGCUAUUACAUUGGGUUUAGUUAAUGUUGAACAUUCAAUAGUGAAAGAAUUUAACACAGAAAAAUUGUAUUCAUUGGAUAAAGCUAUUUUAGUUGGUUUAAUAAAUGAUCAUAAAGGUCUUUUAUUGUAUAAAAAUAAAUGGAUUCCAUUGACUGAUGCUAUAAAUCGAGGUUUGAUAGCUGAUAAAAAAUUACCAACAGAAAUACCGACUUUUGAAGAAGCUCUCGAGAAAGGAUUAAUUGAUCCAGCCUCAAAUACUUUUCAUCAAUCAGACAACAAUAGUAAUUCUAAUCGGUCGUAUUCUAUAAAUGUUCAUGAUGCUAUUAAACAAGGAUUAUUGAAACCUCCGGCUACUGAAACUUUUGGAAAUCUCAAUAGUUUACCAAAUAAAGGAUAUACUCAUAGUAUGGAUUCCUUAUUAGCUAUUAAAAGACGAAGUGCAAAAGAUUCCAAUUAUACUGCUGAACUACGCAAUAACACAUUACCUCCUAUCAUACCAUCUGGCCAUUUAUUAAGUAAUGGAAACGAUUUCAUUGCUAACAGUGGUCGUACUGAAUCAAAAUUGAUCAAAUUCUUAGAUUGUCAUGGUGUUGGACGACUACGUGGUAAAUCAUCUCAUUGUAAUUUACGCUCAAAAUCUACAGUAAACGAUGGAGAUGAAUAUACUAUUCGUAAAAAACCUAGAGUAAAAAGUUGUGAUAUACCUAAACUGAAAGAACGUAACUGUGUACUUUAUGCUUUCUAUUACCUACAUGAUGAUGUACGUGUUGAAGCCUCUAUCACCGAUACAAUGGUUCGUGAAGGUCGUGUUGACGUGCAUAGAAAAACUAUUUGUGAUCCAAUCAGUGGACAAUUCUACCCUAUUCCAGAAGCAUUAACAAAAGGUUUUGUUUUCGGCAUUGUUUUUACUCAAGCUGAACAACAUUCGGAAAAUGAUCAGCGAACAUCUAAUUCUUUAUAUUGGUUGGAAGUAUUUCAUUAUCGCCAUGAUAUAUAUCGCUUAGAAAGAGUGUUUGAUCCUUAUUUGAAUAGUUUAGUUUCAGUAUCUGAUGCAAUUGGGACUGGUAUUAUUGAUCCUAUCCAUUGCUCAUAUACUCAUCCGGUAAGCGGAAAUUUAUAUUCAAUCGAAGAAGCUUUGUAUCAAGGUUGGAUACAAGCAUUGCCUGUUGGUAAUCCACCACCAUUUGAUUUAAUCGGCAGUUCAUUUGAUCACGUUCAUGUACGUACAGUUGAAGAAACUACCACUUUUACAAGAUCUGUACAUACUAUACUUCGUAGUAAACAACUUCAAAAUAAUAUAAAUAAAGAAAUCUGUUCACCUGAUCAAAAAUCUAUGCAUAUUUCACCACAGACGACAUUAAAUGUACAACGUCAAAUACAAUGUAAAACACCACCAAGUUAUCGACCUACUAAUCGGAUACUGACAGAUUCUUCUAUUAGAUAUAAACUGAAAUCAGACAAUCAGAUUACACCAUCUGAAAUUAAUCACAAUAUAAAAAGUGAGAAAUCUGAAGUUUCGACAUAUUCACAUCCUAAUGAACAACACUAUAGUGAUCGUAAACAAGAGGUGAAUAAAACUGCUAAGAAUACACAUUUUAGGAAUUCUUUAGGUUUACCGCUGAAAUCACCAGUUCAUCCUCUUCAACCUGUCCGUCUAGUUGACAGUACUACACUACCAGCUAUUAGUUUAUCAUUAGUAAGAUAUCAGUAUCCUGAUCCUACACCUAAAAUUACUUCAAAUUCAUCGGCAAAAUAUACACCACGAUAUAUUCUUCUUGAAACUGCUAUUCAAAGAGGAUGGAUAGAUACUGAACACGGUUUACUAAGAACACAAUGUGGAAGAACUAGUACAGUUAAUUUAUUAGAAGCUGUAGAAAAAGCGUUAAUUGAUCCUAAUCAAUUGCUUGUAUGUGUUCAGCACUAUAAUGAAGAUAAUUUGAAAGAACAUCCCGUGUACGGUGAUCAAGAAAUACCUGUUUAUUAUAGUUUAGCAACUAUACUUGAUACAGCAACAUUCAUAAUGCAAACAGAAACGACAGAGUCUUUACAUGAACACUGGAGAUCAAAUCUAUUGAAACUACUAAUUAGAACAGGAAUAUGUUCAACAGGUGUUCAAGGGAGAAUGAACGUCAGAAUCGAAAAACGAUUAAGCGAAAGCGAUAAAGAGAUCAUUCGAAAAAAUGUGUUACAGAAAAACAUAAUAUGGCGAAAUGAAAAUGAAAAAAUUGGACAGUAUGAAACAAGUAAAAAGAUCAAAUUAUCGGACAGCAAACAAACAAUGAAUAUACACAUCGGGAACAAUGAGAGGACGAACGCAAAUACAAAAGAAAAAACACGUCCAAUAACAGAAAAAAUUGAAACAGGCAUAACAUAUCAUAAAAUAUUUCAAACAAAACGAAACCAAAAAUAUAAAAAACACGAACCAGAUACUGAAUAUAAACAAAAUAUCGAAAGAAACGAAACCAAACAUAAAAACACACACCGUGAAUUCCUGAACAAAACAUAUCCAGAAGCAAUCCCAGUAGGUUCGAAGAGUGUAUCCGAGUUGUUGUCGGACAUGACAGAGAGACGAGGUGUGGACAGUGGUUUGGAUUCGGACAUGCUGUCGUCAGAUGGUGUUAGGUAUGGAGAAGUGUCUGUUGUGCCUGACCAGCGUGGACUUCAGUUACGUGAGGCGAUUGAAGCGGGUCUUGUUGACACAAAGUCUGGACUAGUUCGUGAUCCGUCUAGUGGCGAGGUGUUGACGUUGUCACAGGCUGUGAACAGUGGUCUUAUAUCGGGUGAGCGGUCGUUGGUUCGCGAUCCUAGUUCCGGACGUCUCGAGAGUCUUGGUAGAAUGAUGUUGACAGGUUUGUUGGCGCCUGUAGGUUUGAUUGCUCUGGCGAUGGAGUCGACGUCCUCGAGACCAGGAGGUGUGGUGUGUGAGUUGACGAGUGCUUCGGAGCCAGUUGUAGAUGUUGGUGUGGGCAGGUUGUCUGAGUUGAGAUCUGUCGGUGGCACGGGUGAUUCAUUGUGUGUGGAUGAGGUUGGUGCAAGUGUGGUGGACUUGAAGAGCGAUCAACUGGAGUCAGUGACUCGUCCAUCCGACUUGAUGAUGACCGAUGUGAGAGUGGGUGAACGUGGUGAGAUGAGUGUCGGUCGUGACGCGACACCAGUGCACAGAGGCGGUGAUGAAUCUGAGGGUGUUGUGUCAUCAGAGACGAUUUCUGAGUACGGUGUAUCUGGUGUGGAUGUGGAUGACGUUGAUGUGAAGAGGCGAGCGAUGCAGACGAGUGAGGAUGUUUUGUCGUCGAGCAGAGAUGGUGUUGUGAUGGGUGUGUGUUCGACGAGUGUAUCCGAGUUGUUGUCGGACAUGACAGAGAGACGAGGUGUGGACAGUGGUUUGGAUUCGGACAUGCUGUCGUUAGAUGGUGUUAGGUAUGGAGAAGUGUCUGUUGUGCCUGACCAGCGUGGACUUCAGUUACGUGAGGCGAUCGAAGCGGGUCUUGUUGACACAAAGUCUGGACUAGUUCGUGAUCCGUCUAGUGGCGAGGUGUUGACGUUGUCACAGGCUGUGAACAGUGGUCUUAUAUCGGGUGAGCGGUCGUUGGUUCGCGAUCCUAGUUCCGGACGUCUCGAGAGUCUUGGUAGAAUGAUGUUGACAGGUUUGUUGGCGCCUGUAGGUUUGAUUGCUCUGGCGAUGGAGUCGACGUCCUCGAGACCAGGAGGUGUGGUGUGUGAGUUGACGAGUGCUUCGGAGCCAGUUGUAGAUGUUGGUGUGGGCAGGUUGUCUGAGUUGAGAUCUGUCGGUGGCACGGGUGAUUCAUUGUGUGUGGAUGAGGUUGGUGCAAGUGUGGUGGACUUGAAGAGCGAUCAACUGGAGUCAGUGACUCGUCCAUCCGACUUGAUGAUGACCGAUGUGAGAGUGGGUGAACGUGGUGAGAUGAGUGUCGGUCGUGACGCGACACCAGUGCACAGAGGCGGUGAUGAAUCUGAGGGUGUUGUGUCAUCAGAGACGAUUUCUGAGUACGGUGUAUCUGGUGUGGAUGUGGAUGACGUUGAUGUGAAGAGGCGAGCGAUGCAGACGAGUGAGGAUGUUUUGUCGUCGAGCAGAGAUGGUGUUGUGAUGGGUGUGUGUUCGACGAGUGUAUCCGAGUUGUUGUCGGACAUGACAGAGAGACGAGGUGUGGACAGUGGUUUGGAUUCGGACAUGCUGUCGUCAGAUGGUGUUAGGUAUGGAGAAGUGUCUGUUGUGCCUGACCAGCGUGGACUUCAGUUACGUGAGGCGAUUGAAGCGGGUCUUGUUGACACAAAGUCUGGACUAGUUCGUGAUCCGUCUAGUGGCGAGGUGUUGACGUUGUCACAGGCUGUGAACAGUGGUCUUAUAUCGGGUGAGCGGUCGUUGGUUCGCGAUCCUAGUUCCGGACGUCUCGAGAGUCUUGGUAGAAUGAUGUUGACAGGUUUGUUGGCGCCUGUAGGUUUGAUUGCUCUGGCGAUGGAGUCGACGUCCUCGAGACCAGGAGGUGUGGUGUGUGAGUUGACGAGUGCUUCGGAGCCAGUUGUAGAUGUUGGUGUGGGCAGGUUGUCUGAGUUGAGAUCUGUCGGUGGCACGGGUGAUUCAUUGUGUGUGGAUGAGGUUGGUGCAAGUGUGGUGGACUUGAAGAGCGAUCAACUGGAGUCAGUGACUCGUCCAUCCGACUUGAUGAUGACCGAUGUGAGAGUGGGUGAACGUGGUGAGAUGAGUGUCGGUCGUGACGCGACACCAGUGCACAGAGGCGGUGAUGAAUCUGAGGGUGUUGUGUCAUCAGAGACGAUUUCUGAGUACGGUGUAUCUGGUGUGGAUGUGGAUGACGUUGAUGUGAAGAGGCGAGCGAUGCAGACGAGUGAGGAUGUUUUGUUGUCGAGCAGAGAUGGUGUUGUGAUGGGUGUGUGUUCGACGAGUGUAUCCGAGUUGUUGUCGGACAUGACAGAGAGACGAGGUGUGGACAGUGGUUUGGAUUCGGACAUGCUGUCGUCAGAUGGUGUUAGGUAUGGAGAAGUGUCUGUUGUGCCUGACCAGCGUGGACUUCAGUUACGUGAGGCGAUUGAAGCGGGUCUUGUUGACACAAAGUCUGGACUAGUUCGUGAUCCGUCUAGUGGCGAGGUGUUGACGUUGUCACAGGCUGUGAACAGUGGUCUUAUAUCGGGUGAGCGGUCGUUGGUUCGCGAUCCUAGUUCCGGACGUCUCGAGAGUCUUGGUAGGAUGAUGUUGACAGGUUUGUUGGCGCCUGUAGGUUUGAUUGCUCUGGCGAUGGAGUCGACGUCCUCGAGACCAGGAGGUGUGGUGUGUGAGUUGACGAGUGCUUCGGAGCCAGUUGUAGAUGUUGGUGUGGGCAGGUUGUCUGAGUUGAGAUCUGUCGGUGGCACGGGUGAUUCAUUGUGUGUGGAUGAGGUUGGUGCAAGUGUGGUGGACUUGAAGAGCGAUCAACUGGAGUCAGUGACUCGUCCAUCCGACUUGAUGAUGACCGAUGUGAGAGUGGGUGAACGUGGUGAGAUGAGUGUCGGUCGUGACGCGACACCAGUGCACAGAGGCGGUGAUGAAUCUGAGGGUGUUGUGUCAUCAGAGACGAUUUCUGAGUACGGUGUAUCUGGUGUGGAUGUGGAUGACGUUGAUGUGAAGAGGCGAGCGAUGCAGACGAGUGAGGAUGUUUUGUCGUCGAGCAGAGAUGGUGUUGUGAUGGGUGUGUGUUCGACGAGUGUAUCCGAGUUGUUGUCGGACAUGACAGAGAGACGAGGUGUGGACAGUGGUUUGGAUUCGGACAUGCUGUCGUCAGAUGGUGUUAGGUAUGGAGAAGUGUCUGUUGUGCCUGACCAGCGUGGACUUCAGUUACGUGAGGCGAUUGAAGCGGGUCUUGUUGACACAAAGUCUGGACUAGUUCGUGAUCCGUCUAGUGGCGAGGUGUUGACGUUGUCACAGGCUGUGAACAGUGGUCUUAUAUCGGGUGAGCGGUCGUUGGUUCGCGAUCCUAGUUCCGGACGUCUCGAGAGUCUUGGUAGAAUGAUGUUGACAGGUUUGUUGGCGCCUGUAGGUUUGAUUGCUCUGGCGAUGGAGUCGACGUCCUCGAGACCAGGAGGUGUGGUGUGUGAGUUGACGAGUGCUUCGGAGCCAGUUGUAGAUGUUGGUGUGGGCAGGUUGUCUGAGUUGAGAUCUGUCGGUGGCACGGGUGAUUCAUUGUGUGUGGAUGAGGUUGGUGCAAGUGUGGUGGACUUGAAGAGCGAUCAACUGGAGUCAGUGACUCGUCCAUCCGACUUGAUGAUGACCGAUGUGAGAGUGGGUGAACGUGGUGAGAUGAGUGUCGGUCGUGACGCGACACCAGUGCACAGAGGCGGUGAUGAAUCUGAGGGUGUUGUGUCAUCAGAGACGAUUUCUGAGUACGGUGUAUCUGGUGUGGAUGUGGAUGACGUUGAUGUGAAGAGGCGAGCGAUGCAGACGAGUGAGGAUGUUUUGUCGUCGAGCAGAGAUGGUGUUGUGAUGGGUGUGUGUUCGACGAGUGUAUCCGAGUUGUUGUCGGACAUGACAGAGAGACGAGGUGUGGACAGUGGUUUGGAUUCGGACAUGCUGUCGUCAGAUGGUGUUAGGUAUGGAGAAGUGUCUGUUGUGCCUGACCAGCGUGGACUUCAGUUACGUGAGGCGAUUGAAGCGGGUCUUGUUGACACAAAGUCUGGACUAGUUCGUGAUCCGUCUAGUGGCGAGGUGUUGACGUUGUCACAGGCUGUGAACAGUGGUCUUAUAUCGGGUGAGCGGUCGUUGGUUCGCGAUCCUAGUUCCGGACGUCUCGAGAGUCUUGGUAGAAUGAUGUUGACAGGUUUGUUGGCGCCUGUAGGUUUGAUUGCUCUGGCGAUGGAGUCGACGUCCUCGAGACCAGGAGGUGUGGUGUGUGAGUUGACGAGUGCUUCGGAGCCAGUUGUAGAUGUUGGUGUGGGCAGGUUGUCUGAGUUGAGAUCUGUCGGUGGCACGGGUGAUUCAUUGUGUGUGGAUGAGGUUGGUGCAAGUGUGGUGGACUUGAAGAGCGAUCAACUGGAGUCAGUGACUCGUCCAUCCGACUUGAUGAUGACCGAUGUGAGAGUGGGUGAACGUGGUGAGAUGAGUGUCGGUCGUGACGCGACACCAGUGCACAGAGGCGGUGAUGAAUCUGAGGGUGUUGUGUCAUCAGAGACGAUUUCUGAGUACGGUGUAUCUGGUGUGGAUGUGGAUGACGUUGAUGUGAAGAGGCGAGCGAUGCAGACGAGUGAGGAUGUUUUGUUGUCGAGCAGAGAUGGUGUUGUGAUGGGUGUGUGUUCGACGAGUGUAUCCGAGUUGUUGUCGGACAUGACAGAGAGACGAGGUGUGGACAGUGGUUUGGAUUCGGACAUGCUGUCGUCAGAUGGUGUUAGGUAUGGAGAAGUGUCUGUUGUGCCUGACCAGCGUGGACUUCAGUUACGUGAGGCGAUUGAAGCGGGUCUUGUUGACACAAAGUCUGGACUAGUUCGUGAUCCGUCUAGUGGCGAGGUGUUGACGUUGUCACAGGCUGUGAACAGUGGUCUUAUAUCGGGUGAGCGGUCGUUGGUUCGCGAUCCUAGUUCCGGACGUCUCGAGAGUCUUGGUAGAAUGAUGUUGACAGGUUUGUUGGCGCCUGUAGGUUUGAUUGCUCUGGCGAUGGAGUCGACGUCCUCGAGACCAGGAGGUGUGGUGUGUGAGUUGACGAGUGCUUCGGAGCCAGUUGUAGAUGUUGGUGUGGGCAGGUUGUCUGAGUUGAGAUCUGUCGGUGGCACGGGUGAUUCAUUGUGUGUGGAUGAGGUUGGUGCAAGUGUGGUGGACUUGAAGAGCGAUCAACUGGAGUCAGUGACUCGUCCAUCCGACUUGAUGAUGACCGAUGUGAGAGUGGGUGAACGUGGUGAGAUGAGUGUCGGUCGUGACGCGACACCAGUGCACAGAGGCGGUGAUGAAUCUGAGGGUGUUGUGUCAUCAGAGACGAUUUCUGAGUACGGUGUAUCUGGUGUGGAUGUGGAUGACGUUGAUGUGAAGAGGCGAGCGAUGCAGACGAGUGAGGAUGUUUUGUCGUCGAGCAGAGAUGGUGUUGUGAUGGGUGUGUGUUCGACGAGUGUAUCCGAGUUGUUGUCGGACAUGACAGAGAGACGAGGUGUGGACAGUGGUUUGGAUUCGGACAUGCUGUCGUCAGAUGGUGUUAGGUAUGGAGAAGUGUCUGUUGUGCCUGACCAGCGUGGACUUCAGUUACGUGAGGCGAUUGAAGCGGGUCUUGUUGACACAAAGUCUGGACUAGUUCGUGAUCCGUCUAGUGGCGAGGUGUUGACGUUGUCACAGGCUGUGAACAGUGGUCUUAUAUCGGGUGAGCGGUCGUUGGUUCGCGAUCCUAGUUCCGGACGUCUCGAGAGUCUUGGUAGAAUGAUGUUGACAGGUUUGUUGGCGCCUGUAGGUUUGAUUGCUCUGGCGAUGGAGUCGACGUCCUCGAGACCAGGAGGUGUGGUGUGUGAGUUGACGAGUGCUUCGGAGCCAGUUGUAGAUGUUGGUGUGGGCAGGUUGUCUGAGUUGAGAUCUGUCGGUGGCACGGGUGAUUCAUUGUGUGUGGAUGAGGUUGGUGCAAGUGUGGUGGACUUGAAGAGCGAUCAACUGGAGUCAGUGACUCGUCCAUCCGACUUGAUGAUGACCGAUGUGAGAGUGGGUGAACGUGGUGAGAUGAGUGUCGGUCGUGACGCGACACCAGUGCACAGAGGCGGUGAUGAAUCUGAGGGUGUUGUGUCAUCAGAGACGAUUUCUGAGUACGGUGUAUCUGGUGUGGAUGUGGAUGACGUUGAUGUGAAGAGGCGAGCGAUGCAGACGAGUGAGGAUGUUUUGUCGUCGAGCAGAGAUGGUGUUGUGAUGGGUGUGUGUUCGACGAGUGUAUCCGAGUUGUUGUCGGACAUGACAGAGAGACGAGGUGUGGACAGUGGUUUGGAUUCGGACAUGCUGUCGUCAGAUGGUGUUAGGUAUGGAGAAGUGUCUGUUGUGCCUGACCAGCGUGGACUUCAGUUACGUGAGGCGAUUGAAGCGGGUCUUGUUGACACAAAGUCUGGACUAGUUCGUGAUCCGUCUAGUGGCGAGGUGUUGACGUUGUCACAGGCUGUGAACAGUGGUCUUAUAUCGGGUGAGCGGUCGUUGGUUCGCGAUCCUAGUUCCGGACGUCUCGAGAGUCUUGGUAGAAUGAUGUUGACAGGUUUGUUGGCGCCUGUAGGUUUGAUUGCUCUGGCGAUGGAGUCGACGUCCUCGAGACCAGGAGGUGUGGUGUGUGAGUUGACGAGUGCUUCGGAGCCAGUUGUAGAUGUUGGUGUGGGCAGGUUGUCUGAGUUGAGAUCUGUCGGUGGCACGGGUGAUUCAUUGUGUGUGGAUGAGGUUGGUGCAAGUGUGGUGGACUUGAAGAGCGAUCAACUGGAGUCAGUGACUCGUCCAUCCGACUUGAUGAUGACCGAUGUGAGAGUGGGUGAACGUGGUGAGAUGAGUGUCGGUCGUGACGCGACACCAGUGCACAGAGGCGGUGAUGAAUCUGAGGGUGUUGUGUCAUCAGAGACGAUUUCUGAGUACGGUGUAUCUGGUGUGGAUGUGGAUGACGUUGAUGUGAAGAGGCGAGCGAUGCAGACGAGUGAGGAUGUUUUGUCGUCGAGCAGAGAUGGUGUUGUGAUGGGUGUGUGUUCGACGAGUGUAUCCGAGUUGUUGUCGGACAUGACAGAGAGACGAGGUGUGGACAGUGGUUUGGAUUCGGACAUGCUGUCGUCAGAUGGUGUUAGGUAUGGAGAAGUGUCUGUUGUGCCUGACCAGCGUGGACUUCAGUUACGUGAGGCGAUUGAAGCGGGUCUUGUUGACACAAAGUCUGGACUAGUUCGUGAUCCGUCUAGUGGCGAGGUGUUGACGUUGUCACAGGCUGUGAACAGUGGUCUUAUAUCGGGUGAGCGGUCGUUGGUUCGCGAUCCUAGUUCCGGACGUCUCGAGAGUCUUGGUAGAAUGAUGUUGACAGGUUUGUUGGCGCCUGUAGGUUUGAUUGCUCUGGCGAUGGAGUCGACGUCCUCGAGACCAGGAGGUGUGGUGUGUGAGUUGACGAGUGCUUCGGAGCCAGUUGUAGAUGUUGGUGUGGGCAGGUUGUCUGAGUUGAGAUCUGUCGGUGGCACGGGUGAUUCAUUGUGUGUGGAUGAGGUUGGUGCAAGUGUGGUGGACUUGAAGAGCGAUCAACUGGAGUCAGUGACUCGUCCAUCCGACUUGAUGAUGACCGAUGUGAGAGUGGGUGAACGUGGUGAGAUGAGUGUCGGUCGUGACGCGACACCAGUGCACAGAGGCGGUGAUGAAUCUGAGGGUGUUGUGUCAUCAGAGACGAUUUCUGAGUACGGUGUAUCUGGUGUGGAUGUGGAUGACGUUGAUGUGAAGAGGCGAGCGAUGCAGACGAGUGAGGAUGUUUUGUCGUCGAGCAGAGAUGGUGUUGUGAUGGGUGUGUGUUCGACGAGUGUAUCCGAGUUGUUGUCGGACAUGACAGAGAGACGAGGUGUGGACAGUGGUUUGGAUUCGGACAUGCUGUCGUCAGAUGGUGUUAGGUAUGGAGAAGUGUCUGUUGUGCCUGACCAGCGUGGACUUCAGUUACGUGAGGCGAUUGAAGCGGGUCUUGUUGACACAAAGUCUGGACUAGUUCGUGAUCCGUCUAGUGGCGAGGUGUUGACGUUGUCACAGGCUGUGAACAGUGGUCUUAUAUCGGGUGAGCGGUCGUUGGUUCGCGAUCCUAGUUCCGGACGUCUCGAGAGUCUUGGUUUGAUUGCUCUGGCGAUGGAGUCGACGUCCUCGAGACCAGGAGGUGUGGUGUGUGAGUUGACGAGUGCUUCGGAGCCAGUUGUAGAUGUUGGUGUGGGCAGGUUGUCUGAGUUGAGAUCUGUCGGUGGCACGGGUGAUUCAUUGUGUGUGGAUGAGGUUGGUGCAAGUGUGGUGGACUUGAAGAGCGAUCAACUGGAGUCAGUGACUCGUCCAUCCGACUUGAUGAUGACCGAUGUGAGAGUGGGUGAACGUGGUGAGAUGAGUGUCGGUCGUGACGCGACACCAGUGCACAGAGGCGGUGAUGAAUCUGAGGGUGUUGUGUCAUCAGAGACGAUUUCUGAGUACGGUGUAUCUGGUGUGGAUGUGGAUGACGUUGAUGUGAAGAGGCGAGCGAUGCAGACGAGUGAGGAUGUUUUGUCGUCGAGCAGAGAUGGUGUUGUGAUGGGUGUGUGUUCGACGAGUGUAUCCGAGUUGUUGUCGGACAUGACAGAGAGACGAGGUGUGGACAGUGGUUUGGAUUCGGACAUGCUGUCGUCAGAUGGUGUUAGGUAUGGAGAAGUGUCUGUUGUGCCUGACCAGCGUGGACUUCAGUUACGUGAGGCGAUUGAAGCGGGUCUUGUUGACACAAAGUCUGGACUAGUUCGUGAUCCGUCUAGUGGCGAGGUGUUGACGUUGUCACAGGCUGUGAACAGUGGUCUUAUAUCGGGUGAGCGGUCGUUGGUUCGCGAUCCUAGUUCCGGACGUCUCGAGAGUCUUGGUAGAAUGAUGUUGACAGGUUUGUUGGCGCCUGUAGGUUUGAUUGCUCUGGCGAUGGAGUCGACGUCCUCGAGACCAGGAGGUGUGGUGUGUGAGUUGACGAGUGCUUCGGAGCCAGUUGUAGAUGUUGGUGUGGGCAGGUUGUCUGAGUUGAGAUCUGUCGGUGGCACGGGUGAUUCAUUGUGUGUGGAUGAGGUUGGUGCAAGUGUGGUGGACUUGAAGAGCGAUCAACUGGAGUCAGUGACUCGUCCAUCCGACUUGAUGAUGACCGAUGUGAGAGUGGGUGAACGUGGUGAGAUGAGUGUCGGUCGUGACGCGACACCAGUGCACAGAGGCGGUGAUGAAUCUGAGGGUGUUGUGUCAUCAGAGACGAUUUCUGAGUACGGUGUAUCUGGUGUGGAUGUGGAUGACGUUGAUGUGAAGAGGCGAGCGAUGCAGACGAGUGAGGAUGUUUUGUCGUCGAGCAGAGAUGGUGUUGUGAUGGGUGUGUGUUCGACGAGUGUAUCCGAGUUGUUGUCGGACAUGACAGAGAGACGAGGUGUGGACAGUGGUUUGGAUUCGGACAUGCUGUCGUCAGAUGGUGUUAGGUAUGGAGAAGUGUCUGUUGUGCCUGACCAGCGUGGACUUCAGUUACGUGAGGCGAUUGAAGCGGGUCUUGUUGACACAAAGUCUGGACUAGUUCGUGAUCCGUCUAGUGGCGAGGUGUUGACGUUGUCACAGGCUGUGAACAGUGGUCUUAUAUCGGGUGAGCGGUCGUUGGUUCGCGAUCCUAGUUCCGGACGUCUCGAGAGUCUUGGUAGAAUGAUGUUGACAGGUUUGUUGGCGCCUGUAGGUUUGAUUGCUCUGGCGAUGGAGUCGACGUCCUCGAGACCAGGAGGUGUGGUGUGUGAGUUGACGAGUGCUUCGGAGCCAGUUGUAGAUGUUGGUGUGGGCAGGUUGUCUGAGUUGAGAUCUGUCGGUGGCACGGGUGAUUCAUUGUGUGUGGAUGAGGUUGGUGCAAGUGUGGUGGACUUGAAGAGCGAUCAACUGGAGUCAGUGACUCGUCCAUCCGACUUGAUGAUGACCGAUGUGAGAGUGGGUGAACGUGGUGAGAUGAGUGUCGGUCGUGACGCGACACCAGUGCACAGAGGCGGUGAUGAAUCUGAGGGUGUUGUGUCAUCAGAGACGAUUUCUGAGUACGGUGUAUCUGGUGUGGAUGUGGAUGACGUUGAUGUGAAGAGGCGAGCGAUGCAGACGAGUGAGGAUGUUUUGUCGUCGAGCAGAGAUGGUGUUGUGAUGGGUGUGUGUUCGACGAGUGUAUCCGAGUUGUUGUCGGACAUGACAGAGAGACGAGGUGUGGACAGUGGUUUGGAUUCGGACAUGCUGUCGUCAGAUGGUGUUAGGUAUGGAGAAGUGUCUGUUGUGCCUGACCAGCGUGGACUUCAGUUACGUGAGGCGAUUGAAGCGGGUCUUGUUGACACAAAGUCUGGACUAGUUCGUGAUCCGUCUAGUGGCGAGGUGUUGACGUUGUCACAGGCUGUGAACAGUGGUCUUAUAUCGGGUGAGCGGUCGUUGGUUCGCGAUCCUAGUUCCGGACGUCUCGAGAGUCUUGGUAGAAUGAUGUUGACAGGUUUGUUGGCGCCUGUAGGUUUGAUUGCUCUGGCGAUGGAGUCGACGUCCUCGAGACCAGGAGGUGUGGUGUGUGAGUUGACGAGUGCUUCGGAGCCAGUUGUAGAUGUUGGUGUGGGCAGGUUGUCUGAGUUGAGAUCUGUCGGUGGCACGGGUGAUUCAUUGUGUGUGGAUGAGGUUGGUGCAAGUGUGGUGGACUUGAAGAGCGAUCAACUGGAGUCAGUGACUCGUCCAUCCGACUUGAUGAUGACCGAUGUGAGAGUGGGUGAACGUGGUGAGAUGAGUGUCGGUCGUGACGCGACACCAGUGCACAGAGGCGGUGAUGAAUCUGAGGGUGUUGUGUCAUCAGAGACGAUUUCUGAGUACGGUGUAUCUGGUGUGGAUGUGGAUGACGUUGAUGUGAAGAGGCGAGCGAUGCAGACGAGUGAGGAUGUUUUGUCGUCGAGCAGAGAUGGUGUUGUGAUGGGUGUGUGUUCGACGAGUGUAUCCGAGUUGUUGUCGGACAUGACAGAGAGACGAGGUGUGGACAGUGGUUUGGAUUCGGACAUGCUGUCGUCAGAUGGUGUUAGGUAUGGAGAAGUGUCUGUUGUGCCUGACCAGCGUGGACUUCAGUUACGUGAGGCGAUUGAAGCGGGUCUUGUUGACACAAAGUCUGGACUAGUUCGUGAUCCGUCUAGUGGCGAGGUGUUGACGUUGUCACAGGCUGUGAACAGUGGUCUUAUAUCGGGUGAGCGGUCGUUGGUUCGCGAUCCUAGUUCCGGACGUCUCGAGAGUCUUGGUAGAAUGAUGUUGACAGGUUUGUUGGCGCCUGUAGGUUUGAUUGCUCUGGCGAUGGAGUCGACGUCCUCGAGACCAGGAGGUGUGGUGUGUGAGUUGACGAGUGCUUCGGAGCCAGUUGUAGAUGUUGGUGUGGGCAGGUUGUCUGAGUUGAGAUCUGUCGGUGGCACGGGUGAUUCAUUGUGUGUGGAUGAGGUUGGUGCAAGUGUGGUGGACUUGAAGAGCGAUCAACUGGAGUCAGUGACUCGUCCAUCCGACUUGAUGAUGACCGAUGUGAGAGUGGGUGAACGUGGUGAGAUGAGUGUCGGUCGUGACGCGACACCAGUGCACAGAGGCGGUGAUGAAUCUGAGGGUGUUGUGUCAUCAGAGACGAUUUCUGAGUACGGUGUAUCUGGUGUGGAUGUGGAUGACGUUGAUGUGAAGAGGCGAGCGAUGCAGACGAGUGAGGAUGUUUUGUCGUCGAGCAGAGAUGGUGUUGUGAUGGGUGUGUGUUCGACGAGUGUAUCCGAGUUGUUGUCGGACAUGACAGAGAGACGAGGUGUGGACAGUGGUUUGGAUUCGGACAUGCUGUCGUCAGAUGGUGUUAGGUAUGGAGAAGUGUCUGUUGUGCCUGACCAGCGUGGACUUCAGUUACGUGAGGCGAUUGAAGCGGGUCUUGUUGACACAAAGUCUGGACUAGUUCGUGAUCCGUCUAGUGGCGAGGUGUUGACGUUGUCACAGGCUGUGAACAGUGGUCUUAUAUCGGGUGAGCGGUCGUUGGUUCGCGAUCCUAGUUCCGGACGUCUCGAGAGUCUUGGUAGAAUGAUGUUGACAGGUUUGUUGGCGCCUGUAGGUUUGAUUGCUCUGGCGAUGGAGUCGACGUCCUCGAGACCAGGAGGUGUGGUGUGUGAGUUGACGAGUGCUUCGGAGCCAGUUGUAGAUGUUGGUGUGGGCAGGUUGUCUGAGUUGAGAUCUGUCGGUGGCACGGGUGAUUCAUUGUGUGUGGAUGAGGUUGGUGCAAGUGUGGUGGACUUGAAGAGCGAUCAACUGGAGUCAGUGACUCGUCCAUCCGACUUGAUGAUGACCGAUGUGAGAGUGGGUGAACGUGGUGAGAUGAGUGUCGGUCGUGACGCGACACCAGUGCACAGAGGCGGUGAUGAAUCUGAGGGUGUUGUGUCAUCAGAGACGAUUUCUGAGUACGGUGUAUCUGGUGUGGAUGUGGAUGACGUUGAUGUGAAGAGGCGAGCGAUGCAGACGAGUGAGGAUGUUUUGUCGUCGAGCAGAGAUGGUGUUGUGAUGGGUGUGUGUUCGACGAGUGUAUCCGAGUUGUUGUCGGACAUGACAGAGAGACGAGGUGUGGACAGUGGUUUGGAUUCGGACAUGCUGUCGUCAGAUGGUGUUAGGUAUGGAGAAGUGUCUGUUGUGCCUGACCAGCGUGGACUUCAGUUACGUGAGGCGAUUGAAGCGGGUCUUGUUGACACAAAGUCUGGACUAGUUCGUGAUCCGUCUAGUGGCGAGGUGUUGACGUUGUCACAGGCUGUGAACAGUGGUCUUAUAUCGGGUGAGCGGUCGUUGGUUCGCGAUCCUAGUUCCGGACGUCUCGAGAGUCUUGGUAGAAUGAUGUUGACAGGUUUGUUGGCGCCUGUAGGUUUGAUUGCUCUGGCGAUGGAGUCGACGUCCUCGAGACCAGGAGGUGUGGUGUGUGAGUUGACGAGUGCUUCGGAGCCAGUUGUAGAUGUUGGUGUGGGCAGGUUGUCUGAGUUGAGAUCUGUCGGUGGCACGGGUGAUUCAUUGUGUGUGGAUGAGGUUGGUGCAAGUGUGGUGGACUUGAAGAGCGAUCAACUGGAGUCAGUGACUCGUCCAUCCGACUUGAUGAUGACCGAUGUGAGAGUGGGUGAACGUGGUGAGAUGAGUGUCGGUCGUGACGCGACACCAGUGCACAGAGGCGGUGAUGAAUCUGAGGGUGUUGUGUCAUCAGAGACGAUUUCUGAGUACGGUGUAUCUGGUGUGGAUGUGGAUGACGUUGAUGUGAAGAGGCGAGCGAUGCAGACGAGUGAGGAUGUUUUGUCGUCGAGCAGAGAUGGUGUUGUGAUGGGUGUGUGUUCGACGAGUGUAUCCGAGUUGUUGUCGGACAUGACAGAGAGACGAGGUGUGGACAGUGGUUUGGAUUCGGACAUGCUGUCGUCAGAUGGUGUUAGGUAUGGAGAAGUGUCUGUUGUGCCUGACCAGCGUGGACUUCAGUUACGUGAGGCGAUUGAAGCGGGUCUUGUUGACACAAAGUCUGGACUAGUUCGUGAUCCGUCUAGUGGCGAGGUGUUGACGUUGUCACAGGCUGUGAACAGUGGUCUUAUAUCGGGUGAGCGGUCGUUGGUUCGCGAUCCUAGUUCCGGACGUCUCGAGAGUCUUGGUAGAAUGAUGUUGACAGGUUUGUUGGCGCCUGUAGGUUUGAUUGCUCUGGCGAUGGAGUCGACGUCCUCGAGACCAGGAGGUGUGGUGUGUGAGUUGACGAGUGCUUCGGAGCCAGUUGUAGAUGUUGGUGUGGGCAGGUUGUCUGAGUUGAGAUCUGUCGGUGGCACGGGUGAUUCAUUGUGUGUGGAUGAGGUUGGUGCAAGUGUGGUGGACUUGAAGAGCGAUCAACUGGAGUCAGUGACUCGUCCAUCCGACUUGAUGAUGACCGAUGUGAGAGUGGGUGAACGUGGUGAGAUGAGUGUCGGUCGUGACGCGACACCAGUGCACAGAGGCGGUGAUGAAUCUGAGGGAGUUGUGUCAUCAGAGACGAUUUCUGAGUACGGUGUAUCUGGUGUGGAUGUGGAUGACGUUGAUGUGAAGAGGCGAGCGAUGCAGACGAGUGAGGAUGUUUUGUCGUCGAGCAGAGAUGGUGUUGUGAUGGGUGUGUGUUCGACGAGUGUAUCCGAGUUGUUGUCGGACAUGACAGAGAGACGAGGUGUGGACAGUGGUUUGGAUUCGGACAUGCUGUCGUCAGAUGGUGUUAGGUAUGGAGAAGUGUCUGUUGUGCCUGACCAGCGUGGACUUCAGUUACGUGAGGCGAUUGAAGCGGGUCUUGUUGACACAAAGUCUGGACUAGUUCGUGAUCCGUCUAGUGGCGAGGUGUUGACGUUGUCACAGGCUGUGAACAGUGGUCUUAUAUCGGGUGAGCGGUCGUUGGUUCGCGAUCCUAGUUCCGGACGUCUCGAGAGUCUUGGUAGAAUGAUGUUGACAGGUUUGUUGGCGCCUGUAGGUUUGAUUGCUCUGGCGAUGGAGUCGACGUCCUCGAGACCAGGAGGUGUGGUGUGUGAGUUGACGAGUGCUUCGGAGCCAGUUGUAGAUGUUGGUGUGGGCAGGUUGUCUGAGUUGAGAUCUGUCGGUGGCACGGGUGAUUCAUUGUGUGUGGAUGAGGUUGGUGCAAGUGUGGUGGACUUGAAGAGCGAUCAACUGGAGUCAGUGACUCGUCCAUCCGACUUGAUGAUGACCGAUGUGAGAGUGGGUGAACGUGGUGAGAUGAGUGUCGGUCGUGACGCGACACCAGUGCACAGAGGCGGUGAUGAAUCUGAGGGUGUUGUGUCAUCAGAGACGAUUUCUGAGUACGGUGUAUCUGGUGUGGAUGUGGAUGACGUUGAUGUGAAGAGGCGAGCGAUGCAGACGAGUGAGGAUGUUUUGUCGUCGAGCAGAGAUGGUGUUGUGAUGGGUGUGUGUUCGACGAGUGUAUCCGAGUUGUUGUCGGACAUGACAGAGAGACGAGGUGUGGACAGUGGUUUGGAUUCGGACAUGCUGUCGUCAGAUGGUGUUAGGUAUGGAGAAGUGUCUGUUGUGCCUGACCAGCGUGGACUUCAGUUACGUGAGGCGAUUGAAGCGGGUCUUGUUGACACAAAGUCUGGACUAGUUCGUGAUCCGUCUAGUGGCGAGGUGUUGACGUUGUCACAGGCUGUGAACAGUGGUCUUAUAUCGGGUGAGCGGUCGUUGGUUCGCGAUCCUAGUUCCGGACGUCUCGAGAGUCUUGGUAGAAUGAUGUUGACAGGUUUGUUGGCGCCUGUAGGUUUGAUUGCUCUGGCGAUGGAGUCGACGUCCUCGAGACCAGGAGGUGUGGUGUGUGAGUUGAUGAGUGCUUCGGAGCCAGUUGUAGAUGUUGGUGUGGGCAGGUUGUCUGAGUUGAGAUCUGUCGGUGGCACGGGUGAUUCAUUGUGUGUGGAUGAGGUUGGUGCAAGUGUGGUGGACUUGAAGAGCGAUCAACUGGAGUCAGUGACUCGUCCAUCCGACUUGAUGAUGACCGAUGUGAGAGUGGGUGAACGUGGUGAGAUGAGUGUCGGUCGUGACGCGACACCAGUGCACAGAGGCGGUGAUGAAUCUGAGGGUGUUGUGUCAUCAGAGACGAUUUCUGAGUACGGUGUAUCUGGUGUGGAUGUGGAUGACGUUGAUGUGAAGAGGCGAGCGAUGCAGACGAGUGAGGAUGUUUUGUCGUCGAGCAGAGAUGGUGUUGUGAUGGGUGUGUGUUCGACGAGUGUAUCCGAGUUGUUGUCGGACAUGACAGAGAGACGAGGUGUGGACAGUGGUUUGGAUUCGGACAUGCUGUCGUCAGAUGGUGUUAGGUAUGGAGAAGUGUCUGUUUUGCCUGACCAGCGUGGACUUCAGUUACGUGAGGCGAUUGAAGCGGGUCUUGUUGACACAAAGUCUGGACUAGUUCGUGAUCCGUCUAGUGGCGAGGUGUUGACGUUGUCACAGGCUGUGAACAGUGGUCUUAUAUCGGGUGAGCGGUCGUUGGUUCGCGAUCCUAGUUCCGGACGUCUCGAGAGUCUUGGUAGAAUGAUGUUGACAGGUUUGUUGGCGCCUGUAGGUUUGAUUGCUCUGGCGAUGGAGUCGACGUCCUCGAGACCAGGAGGUGUGGUGUGUGAGUUGAUGAGUGCUUCGGAGCCAGUUGUAGAUGUUGGUGUGGGCAGGUUGUCUGAGUUGAGAUCUGUCGGUGGCACGGGUGAUUCAUUGUGUGUGGAUGAGGUUGGUGCAAGUGUGGUGGACUUGAAGAGCGAUCAACUGGAGUCAGUGACUCGUCCAUCCGACUUGAUGAUGACCGAUGUGAGAGUGGGUGAACGUGGUGAGAUGAGUGUCGGUCGUGACGCGACACCAGUGCACAGAGGCGGUGAUGAAUCUGAGGGUGUUGUGUCAUCAGAGACGAUUUCUGAGUACGGUGUAUCUGGUGUGGAUGUGGAUGACGUUGAUGUGAAGAGGCGAGCGAUGCAGACGAGUGAGGAUGUUUUGUCGUCGAGCAGAGAUGGUGUUGUGAUGGGUGUGUGUUCGACGAGUGUAUCCGAGUUGUUGUCGGACAUGACAGAGAGACGAGGUGUGGACAGUGGUUUGGAUUCGGACAUGCUGUCGUUAGAUGGUGUUAGGUAUGGAGAAGUGUCUGUUGUGCCUGACCAGCGUGGACUUCAGUUACGUGAGGCGAUUGAAGCGGGUCUUGUUGACACAAAGUCUGGACUAGUUCGUGAUCCGUCUAGUGGCGAGGUGUUGACGUUGUCACAGGCUGUGAACAGUGGUCUUAUAUCGGGUGAGCGGUCGUUGGUUCGCGAUCCUAGUUCCGGACGUCUCGAGAGUCUUGGUAGAAUGAUGUUGACAGGUUUGUUGGCGCCUGUAGGUUUGAUUGCUCUGGCGAUGGAGUCGACGUCCUCGAGACCAGGAGGUGUGGUGUGUGAGUUGACGAGUGCUUCGGAGCCAGUUGUAGAUGUUGGUGUGGGCAGGUUGUCUGAGUUGAGAUCUGUCGGUGGCACGGGUGAUUCAUUGUGUGUGGAUGAGGUUGGUGCAAGUGUGGUGGACUUGAAGAGCGAUCAACUGGAGUCAUUUUCUCGCCCUUCGGUCAUGUUUGUUGCGGAUCUGGGAUUAAAUGAUACUUAUACAACUUUCUUUGAUUAUCCUCUGUCGUGGAAAUGCGGUUCCACUUCUGCUUCUUUGGUUUGUUAUCGUGAUGCUAAUGAGAUUUAUUAUGAUUCUGCAGAAUCAGAAACUACAAGAAAGCUUAUAUCUCAGCUUUCCACUGCUUUGGAUGAAGAAACAUCAUGGAUAACUGGUUUAGAAUUAAAACUUUUACAAAUGGGAAAUUUGACUUUAGACGAUAAUUUAAACCGCCACCUCCUGGAUGAUCACCAAGAAAUUUUAAAUAAGAUUCGUACUCAUCAAUCUUCAAGUCGAUCUGUAUUAUUUCAAGCUGAACAAGCUAUUGAAACCUUACGUCAUACUAACCAACCAGAAUCUAUCUGGAAACAAUUAGAAGUAAAAUGUCAAGAACUGCGAACACGUUUAGAAGAUCUACAAACUGAAGCUGAGGGUCGAGUUCGAAUUUUACUUCAUAGUUUAGAUUCAUUAGAACAUCUUACUUAUAAAUUACAAAGUCUUCGUAAUCUAUUAGAAAACCUAGAUUCUGUUUUACUUGUUAACACACCAUCCGUAAAUACUACUACUACUACUACAAUUGGAGAAAAUCAACUGUCAAAUAAACUAAAUACAAUUAAUCAUCCAGAUGAAAUAGAUUCAUGUAUUUUACGAAUAAAAGCAGCUUUAAGUGAAUCAAAUUCAUCGCAUAAUAACGUUAUUAGUACAUUGCCAAGUGUAAAACAAAAAUUCAUUGCAUCUGUUAAUCGUUACGCUGAUAGUAAGAAAACAUAUAAUAUCAAAUUGAAUCAUUUCACUGGCUUAAAUUGUAAACAAUAUGAAGAUAAAAUUCAAAGAAAUAAUAUAGAAUUAGAAGAUAGAAUAGAAUAUACAGUAAAAGAAGCAAAUAAUCGUCUUUUACAUUUAAUUGGUCGUUUAGAAAUUCAAUCAACAUAUCUUACAGAAAUUAAUAUUCUAUAUAAACAAUAUGAAAAACAUUUAUCUGAAUCAAUUCAUCAAUUAGAUAAAACUAAAUUACAAUUGAAUAUAAUACAAAAAAGUCUUCUUCGAUCUGAUGAAUUAAAUACUUUAACAAUGAAUAAAAUUAAAAAACUUAGUCAAGAACGAUUAACUAAAUUAUAUACAUUACAAGGUGAUCUUAAUAAAACUGAAAAUGAUCUAAAAAAUCUGAAAUCUGUUGAAUUAGAUUUAAUUGAAAAGAAAUUUACUGAAGCUAAUCUAAUUACAAAUAAUUCAAUGAAUGCAAUGAAUCAACCAUUAGAUAAUGCCUUAAAUUAUCAAAAACAAUUAAUUGAUCAAUGUGAAAAAUUACAAAAACAAUUUAUGAAAUAUUUAUUAACCAAUCAAACAACACAAGAAUGUUUAAAUGAAUUUUUAAAUCAAACAAAUCGAAUUGGUGAUCAAUUAUCUAAUGAUUAUAUUGAUCAUAAAAUGGAUGAGAUUAAAAAACAAUCAAUUGAAUUUCCUUUAGAUAUGAAUAAAUUAAAUGAAACUUUAGCACAAAUCAAUUCUAUCCAAUCAGCUUCACAAAUAUUAAGAAAUCGUUUAAAUCAAACAAUAGAACAAAUUAAAACAAUUGAUCCUAAUAAAUUACGAUUAACACAAUCCGAAUUGAAACAAACUGAUAUUUUAGAUAAUCGACUUGAAACUUUGAAGGAUGAUGUUAUUUCACGAAUUUCACAAUUGGAUACAUUGCAAAAUCAGUUGACACAGUAUGAUAAUGAUAUUAAUGAAUUUAAUAUAUGGCUUGAUGAAGUUGGAAAUCAGUUAAAUUGUCAAACAACUGCUCAUCUACCAGAAAACUAUUUAAAGCACAAACUUCAGUCAAUUAAAAUGCUUAUACCAAAUCGUAAACUACAGUUAGAUAAUAUACAACAAUCUAUUAAUGCUUUAUUAACUAAACUGCCUGAAAGUGAUGAUCAUGGUAAAUUGAUGAAAGAAAAUAUGAAUAAAUUGAAUAAUCGUUGGUCACAAUUACUUCAUUUAAUAAAUACACGUGAAGAUGAUUUAAAAGCAAGAGAGUCAUUUAAUAAUUCCUAUGCACAAGCACGUAAUCAAGUACAAGAUAUGUUGUUAACUGCCGAUGGACGUUUAACUACUUUAUCAUCACCUAUCACUUUAAAUUUGAAUUCGGUAAAACAACAAAUGGACAAAUUAAAUGAAUUAUAUUCACUCCGAGAGACAAUCAAACAACAUUUAGAUGAAGUGGACCAAUUAGGUUCUGCUUAUGAUACUUUAUUAAAUACAUCAAGUGGAAGUGAUAAGAAUUUCGGACGUGGAACAACUUCAUCAAAUGAUGCUCAUAUUUCUGCUUCUUCAGCAGUACCACGUGUAUCCACUUCUGCUGCCUAUAAACAAUCAAAAGACAAUAAAUUAAUGAAUGUAUUAAGUCCAAUGGCUAGCAGUGGAUCAAGUGGCAUCUCCAGUGCCGAUCCUAUGUGUAAUCUACAUGAAAUUAAUGAAGUCAAUCGUGAAUUAGAUGAACUACACGAACGUUACGAUCAAUUAGGUAAUUGUUUAAAUGAACGCCGAAAUGAAUUUAAAUCUUUGAUAAUAAAUUUAAAUAAUUUUGAAGAGAAACGUUUAGAAUUAAUAAAUUGGCUUGGUGAUUAUGUAAAAACAGUGAAUAAUGUUAAUAGAAAUAUUUCUACUGUACAAUCUGUAAAUCAAGCUGUUAAUGAAUUAAAAAAAUAUCGUGCUCAGUUCAAUGAACAAAUACCAAAGCUUGAAAUUGUUCGUCAAAGUUUUACACAAGUUUUACACAAUCGUGAUCAUAUGCCAGGUGCUGUAGAAUUAAGAAAUUCAAUGCAUUCUCUUGAACAACAGUGGAAUGAAGCGGUUGUAUUAAAUGAUAAAUCACAGCAAGAUUUAAACAAGUUACAACGUGAUUUAAACGAAUUCCACAAACUUGAUAUUGAUCUCACACGAAAACUACAACAAAAAGCUAAUCGAAUACAUAGUGUACAUGACAAAUGCCUUGCGGAUAAUAUCAUGGGAAGUGAAAGUCAUCUGAAUCAAAUUUCAACACUUCGUCAAGAAUUGGACAGUGUUGUUCCAGAAUUAAAUAAAUUUAAUCAUUUAGUACAAAAUUUCAAAAAUUUAAUUCCUGAAUCUUUAAUAAAUCAAUUAGACUUCAAUUCUACAAAUGAACGUGUUCGAAAUGAUUUCAAUCAAUUAGUAAACGAAUUGUCAAAAUGGGAAAGUGAAACAAUGAGUAAAAUUGAACCUAAAACUAAUUAUGAACAAUUAGUGCAACAAUUAGAUUCACAAUUGAAAACAAUUAAAACAAAAAUGGAAUGCAGUCCAGUGAAAGAACCUGUUGAGAAAACAAAUGAUUUGAAUGAGAUAAAUAAGAAAAUUGAAGAAAUAAAACCAGUUUUAGAAAAAGCUGAACAAUUAUGUACACAAUUAUGUGAACAUUCUAUAAAUCCAACAGAUCAGUGUAAUAUGAAAGCGAAACUUUUAGACCUUCAACAUUCAUAUGAUCAAUUAAUAAAUGAAUAUCAUAAACGUGAAAAUGGGAAGACUGAACAUUCACCAUCAUUGCCCAGUAAAUCUGAAUUGAGUCCAAUAAAUAAACUAGAUGAAUUAAAUCAAUGGGUAUCGGUGAAGAAUAAACAAUUACAGAAUAUGUCUCAUGAUCUGUUAAGUUCCAGUGUAUCACAUACAAAUAUACCAGAGACAACGCAAAUUGAAAGUGAUUUACAAAACUUAGAAUCUAUGUCAGAAGAAUUAAAAGUUAAACAAAGAGAAUUACAAGAUUUAAAAGAAAAUAAUAAGUUAAAUUCAUCGUCACUUCCAAUGGAUUCUAAAACUAUAGAUUUAUGCAUAAAUCAAAUGAAUUUAUUACAAAACGCUGUGACAGCACAACAGCGCCAAUUAAAAUCAAGAACCAGUAAAGAAUUUCUCUUAUCUGACCAGUUGGAACAAUUAGAAGUAUGGAUAACAAAUGAAGCAAUUCAAUUACUUAAUGAACCUAUAGCAAUAAAUGGGAAGUAUUUAGAUGAAAAACCGAUUCCGCUAACAAAUCAACAACAAACAUUACAAAAUCGUAUACAAUCUAUUUGUAAUAAACAGAAAGAAUUAAAUUCAUUAAAAGAAAAAUUGAGUCAUAUUAAAACUUAUAAUGAUCAACCAAAUAUAUUAACAGAAUAUCAACAAAAUGAAUUACAGAUCAGUACAAAUGGUUUACAAAAUAAACUUAAUAAAUUGGAGAAUGAUGUAAAAUUAAAACUUUCUCAUAUUGAUGAUAUUCAAAAGGCUUAUUCAGCGGCACAAAAUUCACUGGAUACUUACAAACAUUCAUGUGAUGAUCUAGAGACUCGUUGGUUAAAUCUACAACAAGUUUUAUCUACUAUCGAAGUAAAAGAUCUCCUCAAAUCAUCAUCUUCAUCACCAAUAUCAUCAUCUCCACCAUCUUCACCAUCCAUUACAAAACCAUCAAAUCAAAUCAAACAAAUACGUGGUCAAAUGAUUGAAUUACAAAGUGAAUUAUUAGAAUUAACUAAUCAUUCACCAAAAUAUUUCGAUUCAAAGGAUCAUUCAUCUAAUAUCAGUUUAGUUCAUCAAUUAAAUCAAUUAGAAUUAUUAAUUCAAUCAUAUGGUGAUAAAAAAUCACAACAAUCAAUGCAAAAACUUUUUGAUGAAUUACAAUUAACAACGAAACGAUUAGAAACUAUUGAACAAGCAUUAGAAAUGAAUUUUGAAAUGUUUCAAGUGAAAGAUAUGGAUCCAUUUUCAAUACAUUUUAUUAAAAAAUUAAAUUAUAUUUAUAUGGAAUUACAAAAUAUUCAAUUCAAUAUUAAUGAAAAUCAAAAAAUAAUUCAUUUAAAUUCAGAGACAACACAACAUAGAAUUGAAUAUUUUCAAGCAUUGUUAAAACAGCUUAAUGACUGCAAGCAAAAUGUGAAUGAUGGACGUUCUGAAUUAGCUGAUAAAAUGGUAUCAUUGCCAGAUGAAAGAAAACUUAGUCCAAUUUACUCAAAUUUCUUAACAACCCUGAAUCAAUAUGACACGCAGUGUAAUAAUAUGUCAAAACAAAUAGAUCAUAUUAUUAGCGCAUUAAAUAAUCGCGUUAAACAAACAGAACAAAUGGCAACACUUCGUCAAAAUAUUAAUAGUUUAUUGAAAAAAGUUAGAGAAUCUCGUCAACUACCUUUAAAUGAACAAUAUCUUCAAAACGAAUUAGAUGUAUUAGAUUCGAAUAUGAAAUCGUUGAAAGAACUAAGUGAAGAGCUGUGUAAAUCACCAAAUGAUUCAUCUGACAAACAGAUUAGUUCACAUCAAUUAGAAUAUGAAAUAAAAACAUUAGAGAAUGUAAUACAUGAAGAAUUAGCCAAUUCAAAAUCUGUUAUACCACCUGAAAAACAAGCUGAACGACUGAUAUCACAUUUACGUGAUACUCUAGUUGAGGUUCAACAUGAUCUUCAUAUACUUUCAAAUCAAUUAUCAUCAUCAUCUAAUCAAGAAAUGAUUACAUCAAUAAUCGAUGAUUAUCAUACAUUAAAUAGUCGUAUAUUAGCAAGAUUAGAUCAUUUUGAACAAUUAGAUCAAUUAAUUCAAUCUAUACAAAAUAAAUUAAUUCAUAAUAGAUUAAAUAAUGAAAAACAAUUAAUUAAAAAUGAUUAUAAUUAUGUUUAUAAAGAAAUACAAUUUAAUUUAAAUAAAUUUCAUUUAUUUAAUGAAAAUGAAAAAUUAUUUAAUGAAAAAAUAUAUCAAAUAUUAAAUUGGUUAAAACAAAAACAAAUUUGUUUAAAUGAAUCAAUACAAAUAACGAAUACAACAAUAGGUAAUACAACAAUUUUAAUCGAUUUAAAUGAAAAAUUAAAACAAUUAAAAAGUUUAUCAGAAGACAUUGAAAAUUAUCACACAACUAUUGAAGAGAUUAAAUUAAGCGGUGAACAGUUAUGUGAAUCAGGUAGAUUUCUUGUAAAUGAAGAUUCUAUACAAAAUCGACUAGUAAAUCUAAGUGAUAUUUAUGAAGAACUUCAAUCAGAUGCAAAACGAAAAUUGUUUAUUUUAGAAUCUGCUUUGCCUGUAGCGCAAUCUUUAACAUCCUCUGUGAAUACGCUUAGUUCACGUUUGCUUAAUGUUGAAUCACGGCUUAAUGGAUUACUAGAAAACAAUACAAAAGACGUUUCUUCAGCCCAAUUAGAAAAGUCAUUGAUAGAUCAAUUAGAAUAUGAAAUGAUCAAUGGACUAGAACCACAAUAUCAACAAGUUCAUAGUCUUUGGAAUCAAUUAAAACAAAUAUGUAAACCUAUUGAUCUGUUUAUUAAUCCUUCAACAUUGACAACAACACAAUUCCCUAAUCAUUCAGAUGCUAGACUUGGACAUGUAGAACAAAUCGAUAAUGAAUUAAGACGAUAUGAUGAAUUCAAUGAAAAGCUUACCGAUUUAGCUAAAAUUGUUGGUAGUAAUCGUCAAAAAGCUAAACAAUUAAUGCAUAAAUUAGAAAUCAAAUCACAAUGGUUAGAUUUAGCGUUGAAACGUUUUGAUCCGAAAAUAUCCACUGCACCAUCAUUAGAUUGGGAUAAUUAUUCUGAUGAAAAUCAUUUUAUAAUUAAUGAAUCAUUGGAAAAAAUGCCAACUAUACGUUCACUUGGUACUGAAUUUCCUUAUUUAGCUGUUCUACCAUAUCAACCUGUUAUGUUAGAUAAACUACAUGAAAGAAUAGAACAAUUUCAAGGGAAUUGGAAAAAAUAUCAAAUUGAUUUAACUCAAUUAUGCGAUCAAAUUCAUGAUAUAAUACAAUCAUCUGCAUUAUCAACAAGUUCUACUAAUCAGAAUAGUGCUAUAAAAUCAUCAUUAUCAUCAUCGCCUAUAAAAACAAACAAAUCUUUCGUACCAUUUACAACGGAUAAAUUUUAUCAUGAAUUAAGUGAUGCUGUGUCUAGUGUUUCAAAACAAAUGAUAACACUUGAUAAUCGGUUAAGUCAAACAGAAAUUAAAUUUGCUGAAGUUUAUCCAUUAGCUAAAUGUUUUACAACUGAUAUGUAUGAAUUUCAAAACUGGCUUCAACAUAUUGAAGAAGCAAAAAAUGAAAUCGCUGACAAUUUAUCAGAUUCCAGUGUUACAGUUGAUGAUUUAGGAGGUAAUCGUAAACGAAUUGAAAUGAUUAAGAAUUUAGAUGACGAGAUUGAACGUCAAAAAUCUGUAUUGGAUAGAAUUUUAAGAACAAGUGGACCAUUAUUAUCUUUAAUUGCUCCAAAUGAAGCUAAUACUGUUCGUUUACAAGUUAAACAAAUCUGUGAUCAUUAUGCUAAUUUACGUAAAUUGAUUAAAACUCGUGCAAUCAAGGCAGAAGCCAAUUUGAAACAAUCAGAUGAGUUUGUCGAGCAAUUAAAUUCAAUGUCAGACCUGUUUUCUGCUAUAUCAGAACAAGCUGUUAGACUAGGUGUUCCUCUGGAAGUACCUGGUACAACUGUUAAACCGUCCAUAUUAUCUAACGUUCAAAAUGAAAGUUCAAAACAGUUACUUGACCAACAUCAUGCUUUAGAUAUGUUGGGCCGAAUACAUUCAAUGACAAGUGUUCAACCAGAUCAUUUACAAGAACAUAUUAGUGGAACAUCUGCUCUUAUGGAAGCAUUGGAAUGUCGUUUACCGGAAUUGGAAGCACUUACUAUUAGUAUUCGUGCUCAAUUGGAGUCGAAACCAACUGUCAAAGAGUCGACUACCACACGUGAACCAGGAACAGUUGAAUUAAUUGAAUCGGUUGAUUUAGAAGCAGGCCAAUUGUAUGCUUUACAUAGUUCCAUUUUGAAAAAUGCUGACAAACUUCAAACAGAUUGGAUACAAUUACAUAACAAAUUAAAUUCACGUGUAAUUACACUACAAUCAGCUUACAAAACAUCAUCAGAACAAUUUUGGCCAAUUAUUUCAGAUCUAAGAAAUAGAUUAGAUAAAAUUAAAGAAUCAUUAAAUAUUAUUGGAUCAGGUUGUAGUUUAAAUGAUCCGUGUAUUCGACGUGAUCCACUUGAUUCAAAUAGUUAUAAAGAACAAUGUAAAGAUUUAUUUGAAUUAAGAGAAGAAUUGAAUGAUAUAAGUCAACAAUUGAAUGAAUCCUAUGAAGCUGGUCAGAAAUUGAUUAAUUUAAUUAAUGGACAAAUGACUGACAAUUCAAUACAAUCAUCGCUAUCACAAACAUCACUAAUGCCAACAAUAAUGACUGAUAGCUUUAGUUUAAGACGAGAUGAAGAACAAGCUAUACGUAAUGAAGUUGAUUAUGCUUUGCAUGGCUUAAAAGUAUCACAGGAACAUCUUGUUGAUAAAUGUGAAUGUUUAAUUAAACAACUCAAUGAACGUGAAUUAUGUGCCUCACAGUUUAAGUCUGAUUUAAUAAAUUUAAUAAAAUGGUUGACGGAGCAGGAAAGUGUAUGGGAUAAUUUUCAGCCUAUAUCAAAUAAUGUUGAUAUUGUUACGAAACAAUUAGAUGAAAUUGUUCAAUGGAAUGAUAAUUUAAUGAAUAAACAUUCCGAAGUUGAAGCAUUAAAUUGGUUAGCUGGAAAAUUGAUGUCUAAUACAGAUAAUGAACGUUUUGCUUUGGAUGAUACAAGCGAUGACGGAACAUUUCCAGUACAAAAUACUACAUCAUUACAAUCUGAUCUAACUGUAGCUAAUCGACGAUGGGACAAUUUAUUAGAUUCCGGCAAUAGUAGACGUCAUCGUUUACAAACUGUUCUACUUGGUUUAGGUGAAUUUGAAAGUGCUAUUGAUGGAUUAAUUAAAUGGAUUGAUCAAAUGCAAACAGCUGUAGAUCAAAUACCUAUACGUCGGGCAAAUAUUCGAGGAUUAGAAGCUGAUUUAGCACGCAUUAAAGUAAUUCAUCACAAUAUUAACAGUCAUCAAUUAUCUGUUGUAAGAAUAGAAGAACAAGCAAGGAAAUUAGAACGUGCUGAUUGCAACAAAAUCGAUAAACCCUCUGGAGUAGAUACUGAUAAAGAUGUCAAAAGAAAAUCACAGACUUCAGAUUUUAAAACAUCAGAUAUCCGAGAUAAAAUUAUUCAAAUGAAUAAAGCAUGGGAACAUUUGAAACUGAGUGUACGCAAUAAACAAGCAGCAUUAGAAGAAGCAUUGAGUGAGACCUUUAAUUUUCAUGGUCAACUGGAUCAACUUAUACGUCGCACUCGACAGUUAAAAAGUCGAAUGCCCCCACCAGGUGCACGCAUUAUGGGUGGUUUACCAGAUAGUGCACGUGAACAGCUACGUCGCUUCAUGGAAGUUUAUGAUGAACUUGUAAAAAUUGGAUCAGAGCUUGAUGAACUGCGUCGAAAUUCAGCUGCAUUGUUAGUUAAUCAGUCAGCAGCAGAGUCAUGUAAUCAAUUAACUACUAAUCUUGAACGUUUCUCUGACCAUUAUGCUCAGUUGUUAAAACAUGCUCAAGAUAUUCGUGACCGUAUGGAAUUAGGUUUAAAACAAGUCGAAGAAUUACAUGAUCAUUUAUCACAAAUGAUGCAAUGGCUUACACAAAUGGAACGUACUAUACUACAACAGAAACCAGUCAGUCGUAUCGUAGCUCGCCUAUUUCAAUUAAUACGUGAUCACACUGAAUUACGUAAAGAAAUUACUGGACAUCGUGAUGCUUUAAUUAAUUUAGAUCGUUUAGCAAGUCAAAUACAAUGUCAAUCACAAAAACAAGAUGUAAUAUUGGUAAAAAAUCUUUUAUCUAGUAUUCAUACUAGAUGGGAGCAAUUAGUUUCACGUAGUGCAGAACGUACACGUCAACUUAACACUGGUCUGAAGGAGGCCAGUAACUUUCUGGAUAACUGGACAUCGUUAACAGAUUGGUUAAAGGAAAACUUAGCUUCAUUGGAGGAAGAUGGUGAUCGUGUCGCUACAAGACCUGAGAAAGUCGCUUAUCAAUUAGCAUUACAUCGUGAAUUACAGCGAGCAUUAAGCACACGUACUGUGGCUUAUGAUGGAGUGCGUCGUUACGCUAGACAACUACGUGAUAGAGCACCAGUAUGUGAUCAUGAUGAAUUAGAUGAUAUGGUCAGUGAAUUAAAGCAUUUAUGGCAAGCAGUGUGUACGAAAGCCUUAGCGAGACAACGCACUUUAGAACAAGCUCUCUUGGCAGCUGGUCUUUAUAAAGAAGCAUUGGAAGCUUUACUUGAUUGGUUGAGUAAGAUUGAACCACAAUUAGCUGAACAACAAACUGGAAACUAUGGUGAUGUGGAUAUUGUUGAGCAAUUGUUAGAAUCUCAUAAUCGUUUCAAAGCUGAGCUGGAACAACGUGCCACGUCUGUGAAAUUAAUACAUCAAGCUGCCAGUGAUUUAAUGAAUAAAGCUUCAUCUACUACUGACUCUGGAGCUGGUUCAUCAGCUAGCAAUCAAGCUGAUGUGUUUGCUAUGCAAGCUCAAUUAAAUCAUUUAUCUAAAAUAUGGGAUCGUGUACAGAAUUUAACUCAACGUCGAAGUGAACGAUUGGAUCAUGCAUUAAAAAUGGCGCAGCAAUUUCAGGAUACAUGUCGAAGUUUAAUGGAUUAUUUUGCUGGCGCAGAACGUGUUAUUCAUCGUUUGGCUGCUUUACCCACCUUUGAUGAUGAUGGCGAACUGGAAAUUGAAAUUGCUGGCACUAACAAUCCACCAACUAAUUUAACAGAUGCAAUUACAGCUCAUCGACAAACACAUUCUAAUUUAAUGAAUCAAGCUGAUCGAGUUGAAGCUGCUUUACAAUUAGGAAAUAAACUUUUAUCUCAAGCUCAUCCAGCAGCUGUGAAACGUUUACGUCAAUGGGUUAAUACUAUUCGUACACGAUGGGAGGAGUUAACUUCAUGGUCUGAACAACGUGGAGAUCGUUUGCAAGAAGCUUUAGAAGAACAGAAUAAACGUAAACUUCAACGUGAAGAACUCAUGCACUGGAUACAUGUAAAAACGAGUGAAUUAAAAAGUAUUCCAACAUCAAUACCGAUAUCAUCAUUGUCAUCUUCAUCGACUAAUUUACAAUCAGCUAAGAGUAAACUAGACUCAAAUGAUUCAAAAUCAAUAGACUCCAAAGACUUAUUUUCCAUAACUCAAGAACGUAUUGCUAUAUCAACUAUUACUUCUUUAGUUCGCCAACCUAACGUUGUUGUCAAUAGUAAUAGUAGUAUAAAUAGUAAAGAUUUAAAACAACCUGAAAUUCUUACUGAUUUUACAACAGUUUUAAAUGAAAUAACCGAUUCAAAAAUCAUUGAACAAUUACUCAAUCUACAUAGUCAUUUAGAAGAAGAAGUGAGACAAAAACAACUUAUUUAUGAAAAUAUUAUAAAACAUGCUAAACGACGUACACCAGUUAAAUCAUCUCAUAAUAUUAAUAAUAAUAAUCGCCGAAGUCGUUUACCAAUACGACCCAGUGGUAAUCUAUUCAACCGUUCUAUUAAUACAGCAAAUCAACAACAUAAUCAAUCUAUAUCAGUUUUCACUUCACCGAAUAUUAAUCAAUUAUAUUUAAAUUGGAGAGAAUUAUGGAUUGCAAUGUUAACACGUAAAUCCCAAUUAAAUGAACGUUUAGCUUAUUUAAAUGAAGUGGAAAAAAUGAAAGAUUUUCAUUUUGAAUCAUGGCGUCAACGUUAUGUUUCAUGGUUAAGUACAAAUAAAGCACGUGUUAUUGAUUUAUUUCAUCGUAAAGAUCGUGAUCGAGAUGGUCGACUUACAAGAGCUGAAUUUAUUGAUGGUAUAAUAGAAAUGAAAUUCCAAACAAGUCGUGUUGAAAUGGAAACAGUUGCAGAUAUAUUCGAUGCUAAUGGAGAUGGAUAUAUUGAUUAUCGUGAAUGUUUAAAUGCACUAAGAGCUAAUUAUAGUAAUUUGGAUAGAACAUCAUCAUCGAAUACUAAUGGUGGUAGUUCAUUAAGUUUAAAUCGUUUCGGUCCAUCGGAUGAAGAAACCAUUAAUGAUGAAUUAAAACGUCAAGUUGGAUUGUGUACAUGUCAUAACACAUAUAAAAUUAAGAAAAUGGCAACAAAUAAAUAUCGGUUCGGUGACUCACAAAAAUUAUGUCUAGUUCGCAUCCUUCGUAGUGCUGUAAUGGUUCGUGUAGGUGGUGGUUGGGUGACACUGGAUGAAUUUUUAGUUAAAAAUGAUCCAUGUCGAGAUGCCUGUGAACGCUUAACUAGUAUAGCAGAUUUAGCUAAAGCAGCCGGUGUUGGUCACGGUUCAUACUGGUUUCCUUCAUCUGUUACUUUUCAACAUUCAUCUUCAACAAUAAAAUCAAAUCAUCGAAACAACUUAAAUAAUAGUAGUAAUAAUUAUAAAUAUAAUCAUCCAGGGAUUAGUUCAACAAGUAGCUGUAGUGAAAGUGGUCACAGUAGUAGUUGUCAUGAUGGUAAACAGAUUACUGAUUAUCUUAUAUCGAAUACAACGACUAAAAAUUCUAUAAUUAAAUCUUCUGAAUCAUCUUUAUCUAGUUCAUCACGUUUAAAAACUGUUCAUAAACGUUCACGUAAUGAUACUCAUAAUUUAUAUCAAUUAAUGAUGAAUGGUCCUGGACAAGAUAAUGCAUUUUAUUUAGUUAUACCUAGUACAAAGCCUAAUCCAGCAAAUCAUAAUAACUGUAGUUAUAAUAAUAAUAAUAAUACCACUAAUUCUCAUACACUAGGAAAGAAACAUCAAUCAUUACAUACUAGAAAAUAA